AUGUCUCCUCGUCGCUCCUCCCGAGCUCGCACCACACAGCCCUCACCUGUCCUCCUGCAACACACGAAUUCCAACAGCUCUGGAAAUUCACUCACCCGUGGAGAGCGCAAUACUCGCUCCAAUAACAAACAUGCAUCUCCUCAAAGGUCGUCUACGCAACGUUCUCAAUCCCUCGAUGACUCGGACGGCAAGCCCGAUCUGCCACAGACGCGCCAGCGCCAUCGUGCCCAAGACGACGACAACGACGAGCUUUCCCAAGCAAACGACGAUGAAGGUGAUGAAGAGGAAAAUGACGAGGAAGAAAUAACUAGGUGUCUCUGUGGACAGCAGGAGUAUCCGGGCCUGCCUCCAUCUCGUCGCAGUGCCACUAGUCGGCACCGCCACCAACCAGGCGGCAAGGACAAUACUACAUUGGCGAAAGAUGAAGCUGAUCCUCUGAGCGAUGACAUUGGAAGCAUGUUCAUCCAAUGCGACUCAUGCAAGGUUUGGCAGCAUGGUGGCUGCGUUGGUAUUAUGGACGAAGCUAUGAGCCCCGACGAAUAUUUCUGUGAGGAGUGCCGAAAGGACCUUCACAAGAUUAUUGAAGAACCGAAUGGACAACAUUCCUCUCAGUACUUGCCAGUUGCCCCCGUGUUCAGCCCUGAAUCUUCUUCGCGAGAGUCAUCCACCGACAUCGCUCGGCGCUCGCGCGAUUCGAGAUCUCGACAGGCCGACCCUCCCAAGCGUCGCUCUACAAUGAACAGCCGAGAUGCCGCCUAUGACGAGGAGGAGCUAUUGAGACGGGCCAUAGAAGAGAGCAAGGAAGAGACUAGGAUGAGCAACGACGAGUCGGGCUCACGGCGAACGAAGAGAAGUCGGAGCGAUGACGACGUUAACAAGCAAGGCAUUAAGCGUCCCCGAACGAGCUCUCCAUCCCCGUCCGCCGUGUCCAAACAGAGCAUCCCGCCCUCACAGCCUGUUUCAGAAGAUGAAUCGAAGCCAAAAACAAACGGAGCGAAUAGACCGAAGCGGGGUAUCUCCGGGCGCAACCAAAAGGAGAAAGAGGUCAAGGAGCCAGAGGAGCAACCAGAAGAGGAAGAAGAAACGGAGCAACCAGAGCCAAUCACACGAAGAAAAUCGCGUUCAGAGAAGAAGCGAGAAGAGGAAUCGGAUCAUGAGACUGAGGCAUCACCAACAAAACCUUCCGCUCCUGUGCCAGCACCGAGUGAACCUGAGCCUUCGGAACCAACUCCGGGAACGCCAGCGCCUGCUGCAGAGCCGGCACCGCCGCCACCUCCCCCUCGUCAGUCAACGCGCAAAUCAGGUCGUCCACCAGCCCGACGUGGUGGGCGGCUGGGUCGUAAUCAAUACACACGGGACCGAGAUCUCAAUGGCGAUGGUAUUAAUUCCCCCAACUCGCCGCAUGGAAAUCAUUUUCGCGAUAGUGGACGAGACUCGCCUAGCAUUGGCGGACCUAACGGGAUGGUCAACGGAGCUGACGGCAAAGGCAAAGGUCGUCACUUGAAUCCUCAUCGUACAUCGAUGAAUGAGAUGAAACGAAGAGUCGCAGCUAUACUGGACUUUAUAUCCCGCAUGCAAGUGGAGAUGGCAGUCAGUGGAGAGAAUGCGACUCCACCCGAUAAUAAUGCUACAAAUGGCAACAAUGCUGCAGCGUCUCGUGCAUUGUUAGUCAAAGGCGUCCAAGAUCAACUGGGAUCGUUGCUCGCAUCGACGAACAGCGAAGACGCAUCUGUAGCCAGUUCAGCAGUAUCGAUAGCAGAGUUUGAUGCGACCAAGGAGAAAGAGAAAGACUUCAAAGAUCUGACUAGUAUCGAGAUGAUGGAUGUGCUCACUCGACAUUUGUUGAAAUGGCAACAAGAGUAUGGGAAAUUCGGGGAGAAAUAG